GAGAUAUUUCGCCAUUUUCAACAUAUAAAGCAACAUAUCGCUUCCUCUUCGUAUAUUCCGCUGUACAUCCAGUUACUUGCAGAGAAAAAGUGAUCCCAAGUACCUGAUAUGGAUAGCAUGUUGACUUUCAAAUUCCUUUGGGUAAUGAUGACUUUAUGUAUUUAUGUUCGUGCGGAAGAGAAGUGCACUGAUGAUGCUAAUUGUUUGUAUUCCUACGCUGGGAAACUGUCUGCGGAUUGUUCGUCACGUAAUCUUGCAUUUCCUCCUUGCUUCAAUGAAACUUCCGAAUUAGAAGCCAUUAAUCUGCGACAUAAUAGAUUAAAUCACGUUCCAGAUAAUAUGCCAAAGAAUAUAGAAUUUCUUGAUUUAUCGUACAAUAAUAUCCAAGACAAUUUAGUCUACUUGCAGAACUACACGCGACUGCGACAUCUGAACUUAUACCACAAUCAAAUGGAUUACGCAAGCUUUCAUCGACAAGUGACCGAAAUGCCAAACCUACAAUUCAUAUCUCUCAAACAUAAUAAGCAGCUUUCCUCCUAUCCGAGAUAUUUAUUUGCAGGAUUUGGUUCGUUACAUCACUUGCGUAUUGAUGGGCUACCUGAUGGAAAUUUUGGGGAUAUGUUUCCAAACAGCGAAGUCAAAAGUUUGAAAAUUCUUGAUGUCUCCGGAUAUGAUGGAUUUUGCAAAAUCUCGCGGUUAAAAGCGUCGAUGUUUGCUAAAUUUAAUUUGACACACUUAAAUUUGUCUCAGUGUGAUUUGUUGUAUAUUGAUCUAGGUUCUUUAUCGUCGCAGAAACAUUUGCAAUUUUUAGACGCUUCAAAUAAUGAACGACUUGGAUUCAGAGGUUUACGAAUCAUAGCACAUGAUCUUCAGAACAGUACAAUCAAAGUACUAAAACUCAAAAAAGUUCAUUGUACGUUUGGACUGGGUACGAUCUUGCUUUUGAACCAUACGACUUACUUGAACAAAACCUCACUCGAAGAGUUGUAUUUAGAUAGUAACAGAAUAGAGAUUAUGGAGACAGGGGUUAUUACAUAUCAUCUUCCUAAGUCUUUAAAAUAUUUGUCUUUAGGAGACAACCAGAUAAGCAACGGUAUUUAUCAUCUAGAGGUAUCCGCCUUGCACAAUCUCCAGACACUCAAUGCAAGUUUUCAACUCUUUACGCACAACAAUUUCUUUGAUGGUUGCUACGAUUACCGCCAGUCAUGUCAUAUUUUACCAGAGUUUACCGUUUAUCCACAGGAGUUUACAAUUUACCCGAGUGUCGUUAAAAGUGUGAGGAAUAUUUACCCGUGGUAUCAGCACAAUGCUUUCUCUGGAUUAUUCCCAAAGCCUCCAAAUUUCACAUAUUAUUUGCCUAGAAGUUUGACAACAAUAUUUGCAAACGACAUGAAAUUUCAAUUUUUCGUAAUUAGACAACUGUUCUUUGGGCAAUGCAAUGUUACACAUCUUCACUUUCAGAACAAUUUUAUAUAUGAGAUGCACGUUCCAACGUUAGGGUGUAAUAACCUCGUGUAUUUAGACUUCUCCAACAAUUAUUGCAGAUAUUUUACACCACACAUGUUAAAAAUUCAAAGCCAAUUAGAAGUGCUAAAUUUUUCUCGAAAUGAUUUGGGUCACAUUUUCCAAGACGAUAACAAAGGUGAAUUGUUGGGGAGAAACCUCAAGCUGACUGUCUUGAGUUUACACGAUAACAAAAUAACUACUUUACCUCGAAAUGUAUUUAUUAACAACUCAAUGAUAAAAAUUCUUAAUAUUUCACGCAACAGACUGGACACAUGGCGAGUUGACCUUCGUCACAUGUAUCAACUCCAAUUUCUAGAUCUAUCGUUUAACCUUUUAUCUGAGCUCGACGAAUCCGCCAUUGACUUAUUACCAACCCACGGUGAAUUCAAAAUUAGUUUCCAAGGAAAUCCUCUGUCAUGUACGUGCAAAAACCUAUUCUUUUUGAACUGGAUAAACAAUAUUCAUCUGGAUAGAUUAAGUCACAUAGCAAAUACAACAUGCAUUUACAGAAAUGGAUCAACUUUAUCACUUCAAAACCUGCCAGACAUUUUGAAUAUAUUACAGAAGGAUUGUUCCUCAUACAGCGUAAUCAUUAUAUUGGCAUCUUCAUUCAUUUGCUUCGUUACGAGUUUUAUAAUAUACCGAAUCAUAUAUCGAUACCGAUGGAAAAUUCUUUACAUUUAUUACCUUGUCAAGCGGGCCAUAUUUCCUGAAAAUAAAAAAACAGAGGGUAAAAGAUUCUACGAAUCUGACGUGUUUAUAUCAUAUGCUACACACCAGAGAGACUUCUCAAUAAGCAUGGCAAGAAAGCUAGAAAACAAGGGAUUAAAAGUCCGCAUUCACGACCGUGAUUUCCUUCCGGGGAUAGACAUAGCUGAAAAUAUUACAAACGCAAUUCACAACAGCAGACGAACUGUGGUUGUCAUGACGUCACAUUUUCUGAAAUCUCAUUGGUGCAUGUUUGAGUUGAAUAUGGCGCGCAUGGAAAGCAUAUACUCCCGCGGAGGAGAAAACUUUCUUUUACUAAUUCUGUUAGAGAAAAAUGUUAUCAAAGAUAUGCCCCGGUCCCUUUUUGACAUUAUCGAGAGUAAAUCAUACUUAGAGUACCCGGAUGAUGAUAGCUUCCAGAGUCCAGAUGCAUUCUGGGCAAAUUUGGAAGAUGCAAUAAAUGAGAAUGAAUGAAUUAUGUACUCUCUCAUCAGUUUGAUUUUUUUUUUUUUUUACAUUUUCUUGGUGUCCUUUGUUUUCACUGUUUCAUUGUUAACAGCACAUGGUUUAGCUGAAGUUCCUUUGUAUUUGUAGCUAUGAAAUAUACGGCGUCUUUUGAUUUCUUACAUACAUAGAUCAGUGGCAACUUAACCAUGGAAAUAAUGAAAUACUAGUACAUUUUUAUUACUUUUAUUAUUUUAUUCUCAUGUGUAAAUUUUUUUUCUAGUAUUAUAAGUUUUGAAAAGUUUGGUUUAAUUACCAUGCUUCAAAUACAUUUUAUAUCUCUCCUAUAACAGCUAUUUAUAUCUAUCAUAUAACAACGGCAUUGUACAUGUAUUUAUAUCUAUCCUAUGACGAAACAGUAAAUAUGAAUGUCUAGUUAAUUGCUGUAACAUUCGUGGGCACCUUAAAUUACAUGUAUAUAAGUAGUAGCAAGUUGCAUUCUUAUGGGGUACAUGUAUAUGAAUUCGAGUAAGACUUCAGGUGAUUCAUGCAAACAUAAUGUAAUGAAAUUAAACCCUCUUUUGUGUAAAAACGUCACCCAUUUGAAAUACAUAAUGAAAUAUAUAAUAGUACGCAUGUACAGUAUAGUGAGAAUAAAUUCUGAGAAAUUGCACACUCUUACCUUGAACUUGUACAGUAGUUUUCGAUUUACAAGGACUGACAAACGAAAAUGAAUGCUUUUUACGAAGAAGGCUCAUAAAAUUCAUCGUUUAUCAUUUAAUGAAGUCCCUUUUGCGACGUGGAGUCGUGAUGUUAAAUAGCUUAGAAAGUACUGAAAAACGGAUUAUGAUGAUGUCAAACAAGGGUAUCAAUGAAUGAAAUGUCAAAAAUUGUUUCUUAUCCUUUUAUUUUGUUAUUUGAUAUAUCUUGCUGUGCUACCUU